AUGACGGACCACGUCUGUGCUAAUUGCGGAACAACCAAGACUCCCCUGCCUGUGGAUUUGAAAAAACCGCCCAACCUAGUUCCAGUGAACCCCGAGUCAAUUGGAAAAGGAUCCUGCAAGGGAGGCGGCCAUUGUAACGGUACUGGCGGCUCCAGCUCAUGCGAUGGGUGUCCGUCAUACAAUAACCGAGUACUGAUCUCUCAUGAGGAUGCGAGAGGUGCUACGGUCAAGUCCGAAAACAACGAAGAACAGCCCCUUGUGGUGGCAUGUACCAACUGCUCCACCACGGUGACCCCCUUAUGGCGCCGCAACGAAUACGGACAAACUAUUUGCAACGCCUGUGGGCUGUACUACAAAUUGCAUGGGAAGCAUCGGCCAGUGAAACUCAAAAAGAGUACGAUUAGAAGACGAAAGAAACUAGCGGUAGCUCGAGAAACGGAUAAGCCGAAAUUUUUACCGCCCGAUUCUCAGAGCAAGACCGUGCAGGAGCCCCAGAACCAUGAUAGAGCGCCUGCGGCAAUUGCCAUAGACUUCACGGCCACGUUCAGCAAGCCGAAGACAACGCCCACCUCUAUUAGCAUCACUUCACUUUUGACGGAGGACAAGCCAAUCAAUUGA